AUGGCACCUCUUCUCCUCGCCCUCCCCAUCGCAGCGCAGCCCGAGAUCACUUCAACCCCAGCCUCUACCGCUGCUGCCCCAAAGACCACCGACAGCAUUUCAUCCGCUCCCGAGACAACUGAAUACACGAUUGUGUCGACCAUUACGCGCAGUAACGGCAUCGACUAUUACGCCGUUCCGAUGAGCCAAUACAAUGCAACUGCCACUGGAAGAGAUCCCGCAGCGACUGUUGGCAAUGCUGGGGCUGGAUUGAUGGUUGGCACUGCUGGUCUUGUUGCCGGAGUUUUGGGCGCGCUUGCAGUUGUGCUGUGA